UGGUAGAAAAACGAUGGGACUUGCUUCCAUUCCUCUUUGAGUCGCGUUACUUCCUUUCUAUCGAAUUCGAAAGCGGGGCGUCCGGGUCAUAGUAGUGUCCCCAGAAGCGUUCGUUACAUCGUCCGAGUCCUGCUUGGUCCUACAUUCCUUUUUUCAUACCUCGUCUAUUAAAUGGAGAGCUCAAUUACAAACAGCGUAACCUCGGAGAAGUAUUUGCGAAUAGCAUCCAUCUCCGUUGCAACUUACGAUUAUAUCCUAACACUCCCCGCAGAAUGGCGCUUUUACCGAAGCCAAUCGUCAAUCUUUCAUUUAAGUCUUGCUUGCGUCUUGUUCAUUCUCAUACGCUACGUUAGUAUCAUUGCUAUGGUCGUCAGUAAUUAUGGAUACUUCUCCACCACCUAUACCCAACAAACGUGUCAACAAUACUAUAUUGUGGCGCCUAUCUUUAAAGCCAUACAAACUAUGAUAUCACAGGUCACCUUGGGUGUCAGGACAUUCCAUAUUGCAAGAAAAGAUAGGCAGAUAGGAAUUAUACUAUUGUGCCUAUACCUCUUGUCAACUUCGGCGGAGUGGUUUGCCGAUAUAUUUCACGGAACCCAACCAACAGCUAGUGUUAUUGAUGGAAACUGUACCUCAACAAAUUCUGGCAAAGUAUUGUCAACCUGGUUCUACUACCUCGCUGUGAUAUUGUAUGACGUCGUGAUUGUGACGGUUUCAACCAUGCAUCUUCUACGUUAUAACCCUCUCAGUAGCAGAGUAGAGCAGUUGAUACGGGUCCUGAUCUAUGAUGGCAUUGGGUAUUUCAUCGUGUUGUCUGCGUCGAAUGUGUUGAAUCUCGUCUUUUAUCAUACACCCAAUAUCCAGACUCAGACGGCAGGGGCAUCAGUAGGCUAUGCUGUAACAUGGAUCAUGACCCAACGGAUCCUCAUCAACGUACGAGAAAAUAUAAAACCAGACCCUCAACACUUGGAAAAUGUGAUCGUCGCGCGUCCCACACUCGGUGCGCAGAAGAAAAUGUCCGGUCUGCGCUCACAGUUCGAGUCCGAGGGUCACUCCAAAGGCUGUACUAGUAAAACCGCCGGCGAUGCGGAAUUCAGGCCCGCAUCGCAUUGCACUUCCAACGACAUGGAACUCGAUAUACAGGUACGCGUCGAGCGCUCGGUGAUGGUGGACUACAAGGACGAACCUGCCAGUGAGCAUUCGAGUUCGUGGGUGAAAUGAAUCUGAGGCACUGGGCAUAUUAAAGAAGGGAUGACCAUCCGAGUCUGGAAUGGGUGACUACUCAACACUGCGAUAUUAACAUACAAAUACUAGUUUUACUAUCAAAAUCUUAGGACUUCUAAUUCUUAGGUCGUCCUCGAUCAUAACAUAUACGGCGAGCUGUUCAAGAGAUUUUCUGCUGUCGGCUGAAUCGUGUGGCCAUAGCUGCUUACUCCGAG